AUGACUCUACCUAAAAACGACCGAUCGCAGCCUGAUAAUGACCGGUCGCUUAUGACUCUGCCAGAAAAUGACCGGUCGCAGCUUGGAAGCGACCGAUCGCUACUUGAUAACCAGCCUCAACCUGAUCUAUCGUCUCUUUGCUGUCCAACUCAGGAGAAGGAAAUUGAUGAGAUUUUUCCCACUUCGGAGACUUCUUCAGCUCCAGUACCACACCAAUCACCUGCUGAGGAUGUCAUUCAGGAAAUAUCUUGUCCUAAAACUGAUAACAUUAACUAUCCCAUGAUAAUUUGA